AUGUUUGCAGCAAAUGAUUCUGAAACAGAAAUUUAUUAUGCCUCGGAGUCACCACCCGAUCUCUACAGUGAUUUGGAAGAAAAUAAUGCGCACGACGAAGAUUUAGAGGCCGCAAACGACCCUAUUGAGGAUCUGUCAAACCGUCGUAAUAAUAGCGAUUUCAACACAACAAAUAUGGAUUUAGACGGGGAAUAUACUUCUGAAGACGAAGAACAACGUCCGCAUAUUUCACCAGCAGCUGGACAUGCCUUUCAACGCCUUAUCGACCCGUACACUACUCGUCACCACCGUAGAUCAUCGUCACAACGUAUUCGUGGAUUCUCACCACUAAAUUCGCGGUUAUUGCGAAGGACAAACGCCAUUACACCUUCUUUUCUUACGCAACACGUAAAACAUAAUAAAGAGCACGGUUUAGAAAAUAUUAAUGGUGCAGGUUCAAAGGAAUUGGGACAAUUUCGGUUACCAGAGUCUAGUUUCUUACGUGCUGGGAUGACCUUUUCAGGAACUCAAAAUUUAAUGAAUACACAACAACCUUCACAAAGGGAUGAGGAAUGGGAAGUCAAAACUGUUCAUUAUGUAAAUUACAAAACUGGUACUGCAAUUGGAUUAAUGGAGGCUUUAAAUGUACCAAACAGCUCGAACACUGUUGUCACAUAUUGGGAAGGUGAGAUGAUUGAUUUUGUCAACCAUUCACUUUGGACAGAUAAAUGGAAUUCAACUCCCGAUAUUGAUCUUCAACAUUGGAAAAAGUUUGAUGCUUUUCGUCAAAUGGAUGUUCGAAGAUCCAUAAAUGCAUUAUGUGUCUUUCGGACUGUAGAAACUAGUGCUAAUAAUAAUGAUAACUUUUCUUUAUCUCAAAAUGUCAAGUCAAAAAAUGGUAGAAUUUUGAAGGGUAAAGAAAAAGAGGAUUCAAAAGCCAACAAAACAGUUCUCCGCGAGAUUAAACAAACCUAUUCUGGUCAGGUUUUAGAUUGUGAUAAUAGGAUCGGGCAGCGAAUAUUUGUCGAUUCUCAAUAUGAAUCAUUUCUUAUGAACUUUCUCAAAAAAAGUGUGCUUCAGGAUUUUAGAUCUCUAGCUGUCGCCAAACAUCACGUCAAGACACUUAUAAUGAAACGUAUUAAUGGUGCUUUGGCAACCUGUCAGGGUCAUGGUAUUAAUAACGGAAACGAUGUGCACUUGAGGCGGAGAAAACUUGAAAAAUUAAUAGAAAAGUUGGUUACUCAACGCAUGGCAAAAAAGGAAAAAAAUAAAAAAUCAGAAAAUGUUGAUGAUGUAGUUCGAUGGAAAUCUUCAGAUGAUGAUCGACAGAAUGUUAGUGAAGAUUUCACAGUUAAUGAUGUAAAUAUGAAAAUUCCUGCAAUGCCAACGUUUCCAUUGUUAGAGUAUGACAUAGAUGAAAAAAUGACUACAGCAGAUGAAACUAAAGACAGGCUAACGGACGUUGAUUGUGAUACGAAAAUACCUCGAGAUACUUUGGCAGAAACUUGCGAUGAUUCAUCGAUAGUUAUUUCAGUAAAACAACCUUUAAAGAAAACUAGCACGGAUUCUUCUCGUAGCGCGCCGAAUCCAAAAAGGGUCAAGCCUAAUUCAACACCUCCCCCUAUAUCUUUUGGAGGAAGUCUUGCACAAGCUGCAUCUUUUCCUGAAUCAAAGCCGUUUACUAGUUCCGGUUCUACUUCAUUGAUGAGUGGAUCUUCAACUUUUAAUUCUAAUCAAAAAAGUACUUCUACUACGCAAUUCUCUUCAUCUUCCACACAAAAAACUGCCAUGUCAUCGCCAACAUUUACACCAAUUUCAUCAUCCUCAUCAACUCAUAAUAUGUCAAUGUCUACAAAUAAUCCAUUAAGUAUGGCGCAAACUCCAAGCAACAGACUUCCAUAUCCACAAAUUAAUACAUGCCAAUAUCCUACAAAUUGCUAUCGACAGUUUCACAAUUCUUCUGAAGAUUUAUCUCCAAGUAUUCGUCCACCUGUUCCCUGUAUCGGGAAUAAACCUAUAAAUGGUCCUCAGGGGACUUGUGAAAAUUUACCUGGCAUUCAAGGAUUACUUGCAAUUACGCCACCUCCCCCACCUCCAUCUCAGUCUCCUUUAUCAAAUGGAGUGGGGGUUGUAAAUCAAAACACUCCGGGAGUUGUACAUACUCCAUUUUCAACUCCAUAUCGAAAUAAUUUUUAUUCGUUCGGUUCUUCGCAACUAUCGCAGCAAACAAAUACAGGAACUCAUUCGAUUGUGACACCAAUGUCGCAACAUUUACACCAAAUGAAUUCUCCCGCGCCACAGUCUUCAACACAAAGGCAUUAUAUCCCAAUUGCGCCUUCACCAACUACAACGGCAGGAAAUCGACCACCCUUACCAUCAUCCUCGCCUGCAGCUAACCUAUAUACUGCCUCAAUGAAACAUAAAUCAUUGUUGGGAUGUGCGUACUUAGAACAAAUGGUGAAUUUUGCUAUAAGUUUGUAA